AUGUCGGAGCAGAAACAGUCCGCGGACACUCAGACGUACGAUGAUCUAUGGAAUCUAUUUGUGACGAAGCAUCUCUUCCACGAUCGUUUCAUCCGUUCUUCCACUCUACCACUCAAUUCAGGCUUAGAUCCGCCUAGCCCCUGCGCAUCUUCCCGCAUCACGAUGCGAAUCAGGGCCAAAGGGAUGACUGAUUCUGAUAUUCGGGCGCCUGAUCAGGUCCCGUUAUAUUUUGGACAGGGACACCUAUGGGCGUCCUUGACCCCCAUCCCACCUACUCUCUCCCGCCAUGGUGGAAAGUUGGCUGGCAUCUUACAGCGGGCUGUUGUGUGGUUUGGUGACUUGCCAAACCUACAUAUAUUUUGCGAAUUAUCGAGACGAUACUUGGAGGACCAGAUUGCUUGUGUUGAUAUUAUGGUGAGCUUCAUGUUGAUGGACACGUUGUCUGCCGUCUUCGCCGGCAUAACUCUCUACAACAUCACCAUUCUAUCCAUACGUGGUUUGGUCGACAUUCUGAACUGGCAGGUCCCAUGGACGAUAUCGGCUGCAUUUUUCCUCGUGUCCCUCACAGACGCUGGAGUCAAGGGGUGA